CCAUGCCCUGGUCGCCCUGGCCAAGUGCCGGCUUUCCCUAAUAUUUUUCUAUAAAAAAGCGGGUUCUCAGCUUUUGAAUCAGCAGAGCCCACCUUCCACCAAAAUUACAAGGAAGUUUCUCAGUCUCUCCCAUGUCCAAAACGUUCAUCUACGCGUACCAGUGCCACCGGCGCAACCCACACACGCACAUCACUUCACAUGCGUAAGUGCAAAUGCCUAAACCUCCACGCAUAUAAAAUCACACACACCCGCCCUCAUCACCAUCAUAGAAGGCAUAAACCGACCUACCUCCGGCGUCACAAACAACAACUGACCCUGAAACUCACUCGUACCCUCACCACGUUUCCUACUCUCCACUCAUAAAUUACACAUACAUCCGCCAAAAAACUCACAAUGGCCAAGGUCGGUGAGACCCAAUUCAUCCGCCUCUGAUUCUCUAUCUUUUGGUUUAGCCCUUAUUUUCUCUCUAUAUGCUUGCGUUUGCUCGAUGGGUUUGUGUUUGAGAAAUGGGUUUUGGUGUUUGUUUUUGGGUUUCAUGCAGAAGAACAACAACAAUGGCGUCGAGAACAAGAACAAGAACAACGACGGGGGUGAGAAGAAGAAGGCGAUCGCCUCUAAGAUUGUCAAAUGGGUCAAAUCUUUUCAAGGCGCUGAGUCGGUGAAAUCUGAGGGCCAAGCGAACAAGCUGACGGUGGUCGGAAAAGUGGACCCCACAAAGCUGAGAGACGAGCUGGCCACCAAGACCAAGAAUAAGGUCGACCUCGUCUCUCCCCAGCCCGAAAAGGACAACAAAGUCAACAAAGACGACGCGAACGACACCAAGAAAAAGCAGCCUGAGAAAACAGACAACGACGAAAAAGCCAAAGAGGCUCCGUUGACGACGGCGGUUAUGAAGGUGGACUUUCAAUGCCAAAAAUGCAAGAAGCGGGCUAUGAAGAUUGCAUCAAGUACCCCAGGGUUCAAGUCGGUAAGCGCUUAUAUGGAGAAGGGUUUGUUGACAGUGAGGGGUUCAAUGGACGUGGUGGAAUUGGUUUCAGAAUUGAGGGUGAAGCUCAAGAAGCAUGUGGAAAUUGUGCCACCAAAGAAGAAAAAUGGAGGCAAUGACAACGAUGAAAACAAUGACAAUGACGGCGGUGGAGGUGGCGGUGGCGGUGGCGGUGGCGGUGGAGAUGAGAAGAAAAAGGAGGAAGACGAGGGCAAUGGUGGUGGCAAAAUGAAGUAUCCAGCGGGUCAGUCCGAGUUUGGACAAUUUUCAUAUCGAACGGUACAUCGUCAUGGAUAUGGUUACCAAAAUGGGGCACUCAAAAUAGGGGAAAAAAUGUUGUUAAUGUGCUGUGAGGUUUUUGGUUUACUAGUGACGUACAACCACUUGGCCAAGGACAUCUACACUAUGAGCAUCCACAGUACAUUCCUUAUCUUCAAGGGAUGUAAAUAAGUUUUUUGCUCCGAUGAAAAACGAUGUAAUCCAAAGAUGCAUAUUCGAUUUGUUUGUGAUAAUUCAUUAUUGUGGUUUUUUUUUUUUAA